AUGUAUGUCUGUCUAUCUAUCUAUCUAUCUAUCUAUCUAUUUUUCCAAUUUAUUUUGACUACUCCGUAUGUAUGUUUUCUAUCUAUCUAUCUAUCUAUCUAUCUAUCUAUCUAUCUAUCUAUCUAUCUAUCUAUUUUCCAAUUUGGACGAAUUGCUAGGCUUUUAGGCUUCCGCGGUUGCUAUUUCAUUGUCUUUUGUGAAUCUCGUUCCAACAGGCUCAUAAGUAAAGAUUUUUCAUGUAUAAUUUCUCUUUCAUCUUCCUCUACUUUUCCCUCUGCCUUUCUCCGUCUCUCUCUGUCUAUCUAUCUAUCUAUCUAUCUAUCUAUCUAUCUAUCUAUCUAUCUAUCAUUAUAUUUUUGUCAUCUAUCUAUCUAUCUAUCUAUCUAUCUAUCUAAUUUGGACUUUAUAGUUACUGUUCGUCAAAAAUAUGUUUCUGCUAAAUGUUGUCUCUCUGAUUCUUACAUAUACCCCUCUUUCUUUCUAUUUUUCGCGUCCUAUUAUCGCUUCGUCCUCAACCAUUGGCCGCAUUUAGUCCCCCUCCUCUUUCUCGCUUUCUUAACCUCCUCCCUAUUCCUCUCCCAUGACUCUCCCAACAAUUACCUUGUGCGUUCACUUCUCUCUCUCUCUCUCUCUUUCCUAUUUCAUUUUUUUUUACUUCCUUUUCUUUCUUUACUGAGGCUGUUUUCACUGACCGUCAUCCGGAAGUCCCCUAAAGAUACGGCACGUAAAAAAGUAAUUAGGAAUCUAUCUAUCUAUCUAUCUAUCUAUCUAUCUAUCUAUCUAUCUAUCUAUCUAUCUAUCUAUCUGUGCCCCUAUGCAAUUAUGUAA